AUGGAUCCUCUGUACUUCUCCAGCACGUUCAGCACGGACGGCGCUCCCGGCCAGGCCAACUCCUCCCUGCUGCCCAACGGGACGGAGAACGGGACGCUCCCGGGGCCGCCCCCGUUCCAGUACAUCCACAAGGUGCUCAUCCCCAUCUGCUACCUGCUGGUGUGCGCCCUGGGGCUGAGCGGCAACGCCCUGGUCAUCUACGUGGUGCUGCGCCACGCCAAGAUGAAGACGGUCACCAACAUCUACAUCCUCAACCUGGCUGUGGCCGACGUGCUCUUCAUGCUGGGCCUGCCCUUCCUGGCCACCCAGAACGCCAUCUCCUACUGGCCCUUCGGCUCCUUCCUCUGCCGCCUGGUGAUGACCGUGGACGGCAUCAACCAGUUCACCAGCAUCUUCUGCCUGACGGUGAUGAGCAUGGACCGCUACCUGGCCGUGGUGCACCCCAUCAAAUCCACCAAGUGGAGACGGCCCAGGGUGGCCAAGCUCAUCAGCGCCACGGUCUGGACCUUCUCCUUCUUGGUGGUGCUGCCCGUGAUCAUCUUCUCGGACGUGCAGGAGGAUUUCCAGACGUGCAACAUGAACUGGCCGGAGCCGGUCAACGUCUGGUCGGCGGCGUUCAUCAUCUACACCUCGGCGCUGGGCUUCUUCGGGCCCCUGCUGGUCAUCUGCCUGUGCUACCUGCUGAUCGUGGUCAAGGUGAAGUCCUCGGGGAUCCGCGUGGGCUCCACGCGGCGCCGCAGGUCGGAGCGGAAGGUCACCAGGAUGGUGGUGAUCAUCGUGGUGGUCUUCGUCUUCUGCUGGCUGCCCUUCUACACCAUGAACAUCGUCAACCUGAUCCUCAUCCUGCCCGCCGACCCCGUCCUCGAGGGGCUCUACUUCUUCAUGGUGGUGCUGAGCUACGCCAACAGCUGCGCCAACCCCAUCCUCUACGGCUUCCUCUCCGACAACUUCAAGCAGAGCUUCCAGAAGGUUCUCUGCCUCCGCAAGGGGGACGGAGCGGAGGAUGGAGAGCCCGUGGAGCACAGGCCGGAGAACAGCAGCCGCCUGCAGGAGUCCAUGCUGACCCCGAGGAACGCGGAGUUCAACGGGCACAUGCAGACCAGCAAGGUCUGA